GGAGGAGGCGUCGAGGCCGAGCGUGGUACUACGACGGGCGCGGGCCGGAGAGGGCGGGGGGAUGCGCCGCGGCGGCGGUGGCGCGGGCGCUGGGGCUGGUGUUGAGAGGCGCCAGAGCAGCGGAUCCCGGUCUCGCCGCCGCAGGAGCGCGGGUGUCGCGCGCGGCCUGAAGACGCCGUACCUUUCUGCCCCUCACCUUUUUUUUUUUUUUUUUUUUUAAAUAACCGGAACCAAUGAACGCAGCCGGGACCCGAGCUCCGGAGGCCGCCGGUGCCGAGGGGACCAGGCUGGCGCCCGGCAGGAGCUCGCGUCCGAGGCGGCGGGGGCGGCCCGAGGAGUCGCCGGCGGCGGCUGCAGCGCCUGGCGGAGCGGACGAGUGGCCAGCGGCCGUAGCGCCGCUGCGCUUUCCCCCUGUUCCUCCUCCGCGCCCUCAUCCUGCCGCGACGCCCGGCCCGGCCUCGGGCAGGCUGCGGCGGUGGCAUUGGGCUGCGCUACUGGUGCUUGGGCUGUUGGUGGCCGGCGCGGCGGAUGGAUGCGAGCUGGUGUCCAGGCACCUCGGCGGGCGGCGGGCCUCGGGCUCUGCCGCCGCAGCCGCCUCCUCUCCCGCUGCGGCGGCGGGCGACAGUCCGGCGCUCAUGACAGUUUUGGCCUUUUAUGAACAAUGCUUCUGUGAAUGUCCCAGCAUUGCACAUCUGUGUGAGUUUCUCAAGGAUCCCUGCCUGUCACUGAGUCCGCCAUGUUUCACAGAAGAUGAUCGAUUCAGCCUGGAAGCUCUUCAGACAAUCCAUAAACAAAUGGAUGAUGACAAAGAUGGUGGAAUUGAAGUAGACGAAAGUGAUGAAUUUAUCAGAGAAGAUAUGAAAUAUAAAGAUGCUACUAAUAAACACAGCCAUCUGCACAGAGAAGAUAAGCAUAUAACUGUUGAGGAUUUAUGGAAACAGUGGAAAACGUCAGAAGUUCAUAAUUGGACCCUUGAAGACACGCUUCAGUGGUUGAUAGAAUUUGUUGAACUACCCCAAUAUGAGAAGAAUUUUAGAGACAAUAAUGUCAAAGGAACAACGCUUCCCAGGAUAGCAGUGCAUGAACCUUCAUUUAUGAGCUCCCAGUUGAAAAUCAGCGAUCGGAGUCACAGACAAAAACUUCAGCUCAAGGCGCUGGAUGUGGUUUUGUUUGGACCUCUAACACGCCCGCCUCAUAACUGGAUGAAGGAUUUUAUUCUCACAGUUUCUAUAGUAAUUGGUGUUGGGGGGUGCUGGUUUGCUUACACACAGAAUAAGACAUCAAAAGAACAUGUCGCAAAAAUGAUGAAAGACUUGGAGAGUUUACAAACCGCAGAGCAAAGUCUCAUGGACUUACAAGAGAGGCUUGAAAAGGCACAGGAAGAAAACAGGAACGUUGCUGUAGAAAAGCAAAAUCUAGAGCGCAAAAUGAUGGAUGAAAUCAAUUACGCAAAGGAAGAGGCCUGUCGGCUGAGAGAGCUAAGGGAAGGAGCCGAGUGUGAGCUGAGUAGAAGGCAGUAUGCAGAGCAGGAACUGGAACAGGUUCGAAUGGCACUGAAAAAGGCUGAAAAAGAAUUUGAACUCAGGAGCAGCUGGUCUGUCCCAGAUGCACUUCAGAAAUGGCUUCAGUUAACACAUGAAGUAGAAGUACAGUACUACAAUAUUAAAAGACAAAAUGCUGAAAUGCAGUUAGCUAUUGCUAAGGAUGAGGCAGAGAAGAUUAAAAAGAAAAGAAGUACAGUCUUUGGGACUCUGCAUGUUGCACACAGCUCCUCCCUAGAUGAGGUAGACCACAAAAUUCUGGAAGCAAAGAAAGCACUCUCUGAGUUGACAACUUGUUUACGAGAACGACUUUUUCGCUGGCAACAGAUUGAGAAGAUCUGUGGCUUUCAGAUAGCCCAUAACUCGGGCCUCCCCAGCUUGACCUCUUCCCUGUAUUCUGAUCACAGCUGGGUGGUGAUGCCCAGAGUCUCCAUUCCACCCUAUCCAAUUGCUGGGGGAGUUGAUGAUUUAGAUGAAGAUACGCCCCCAAUAGUGUCACAGUUUCCUGGGACCAUGGCCAAACCCGCUGGGUCGUUAGCCAGAAGCAGCAGCCUGUGCCGCUCCCGCCGCAGCAUCGUGCCGGCCUCGCCGCAGUGUCCACGCGCACAGCUUCCUCCGCACGCCCCUCACCAGGUCCACGCCCGGCACCCCCAGCACCCUCAGCACCCACAGCACUCCUUGCCUUCCCCGGACCCCGAUAUCCUCUCGGUGUCAAGUUGCCCUGUCCUUUAUCGCAAUGAGGAGGAGGAGGAGGCCAUAUACUUCUCUGCUGAAAAGCAAUGGGAAGUACCAGACACGGCUUCAGAAUGUGACUCCUUAAAUUCUUCCAUUGGAAGGAAACAGUCUCCUCCCUCAAGCCUGGAGAUAUACCAGACAUUGUCUCCUCGCAAGAUAUCACGGGAUGAGCUCUCUCUAGAGGAUUCAUCCAGAGGAGAGUCCCCGGUAACUGCAGAUACCUCGCGGGGCUCUCCUGAUUGUGUGGGUCUGACAGAAACGAAGAGUAUGAUCUUCAGUCCUGCCAGCAAAGUGUACAAUGGCAUCUUGGAGAAAUCCUGUAGCAUGAACCAGCUCUCUAGCGGCAUCCCGGUGCCCAAACCUCGCCACACAUCCUGUUCCUCCGCUGGCAACGACAGCAAAGCAGUUCAGGAAGCCCCACACGUCGCCAGGAUAAGCAGCAUCCCACACGAUCUUUGUCAUCACGGAGAGAAAAGCAAAAAGCCAUCAAAAAUUAAAAGCCUUUUUAAGAAGAAGUCUAAGUGAACCGGCUGACUUGAUGGAAUUCGUUCAAGGGGCAUCUUUAAACUGUUACCUCCCAUCCUCCACCCCCUCCCUUUUUUUUGUUUUAAUUUUAGGAAUGUAACUCCACUGGGGCUUUCCAGACUGGAUGCCACAGUGGAGUGUCCUAAGGGCAACUGUCUACUGUCUGCUUAUUUAAAUGACUAUAUAAUCAGUUCAUCAAGCCAGUUAUUGCUGAGAAAUCAUUAAGAGAUGAGACAGUUUACAGUCAUUUCUGCCUAUUUAUUUCUGCUUUGUUAUUAGUGAUGUAUAUACAACAUUUUGUUGAAAGCCACUAUGGACUUACAAGCUUUAAUGGACUAGUAAGCCAGCAUGGGCUUGCAAAAAGUUCUUGUUUACCACACCAUCUUCUUAUCUUUCCACAGAGCUAUUUACAUCCUGGACUAAAUAACUUAAAGUAAAACUAAUUGCACUACCGUUUUCCAGACUGGAAAAAAAAAAAAAAAUCUCUGCAAGUGAAACUGUAUAGAGUUUAUAAAAUGACUAUGGAUAGGGGACUGUUUUCACUUUUAGAUCAAAAUGGGUUUUUAAGUAGAACCUAGGGUUUCUAAUUGACUUGAUUUCUGGAAAUGAAAACCCACGCUUUUAUUAUGGGAAGCUUCUUUAAAUGCAUUUAAUAUUAUAAAGUUUCAAGUCCUGCUGUAAAGAUCAUGUUGUUUUGUUUUUCCCAGGGCUUUCACUGUGAUUUACUGCAUUGCAGGCUGUAUGAUAAAAUAUAAAUAAUUUAGGGAGAGAAGGCUCUUGAUUCCUUACACAUGUGGAAGAGUUAAAACUUGAUUGAAGGACUUAAACAUUCACAAGCUUAAGCUGAGGUUGGGGACGUGGGGAUUCAAGCACUUGUUUACAGACUUUGAAUAACAUCAAAGAAGUUAUGGUUUGUGAAGAAUUUGUACUGUGGAAAAGAUAAUAAAUUGGAGACAUUAUUUUGUGGGACUGUGUUGAUUUUUGUUGAUAACCCUCCACUGAAAACACUAUACAUUUUCUGGAGAGCUCAGUAAGCGGUCUUGUUGCUUAAUUGCACUAUAAGAAAUAGUGAUUUGGAAGUUGUCAACAAGUUUCUUUCCAUUUUAUAUUGUUUGUCAUACUUUUAUGUAGUUUGAAAUGUUUAAAUGUUCUAAUAUCAAGAUUAACAAAUAUAAAUUUAUGGUGCAUUU